UCAGUCAUACACACGAUCAGUGUGCUUUGCGCGUGACUGCCGCCACCAUGUGAUGUAUACCCGUGUAGGAGGAAGACUGGGCUAGGGUAAAUGUUAUGAGUCUAUGUUGCUGGCUGCAAUAGACUGCUAACUAUAUUUUUUUGAUAUUGCUAGCUAAUUUAACUAGCUGUCAGAGUGAUGACAAUUCCGACUACUUCAUCAAUGCAACGUGUACAUUCGUCGUAAACGGGAAUAAUUGUUGAAUUAAGAUGAAUGCUCUCGUGGCCUUGUGCCACUUCUGCGAGCUGCAUGGCCCGCGCACCCUGUUCUGCACCGAGGCUCUGCACCCGCCAUCUCCUUCACCCCCCCAGCCAGGCGCCGCCAUACCGGGAGACAGGGGCAGGGAGGGGGACAGUGAAGGAGAGGGGCUCACCAUGAGAGCCAGUUCAGCAACGCAGAGGGCGGACAUGUGUGAGGGCUGCCGAUCCCUCCCAGCAUCUCACCCAGGCUUUGUCAGCGUGGACAGUGAGACGGGGAUACGGUUCCUCAGUCACCAGCACCCCAGGCAGCCCCAGCUCUUCAGUGUGGUGCGACAGGCCUGUGUCCGGAGUCUGAGCUGCGAGGUGUGUCCGGGCAGAGAGGGUCCAAUAUUUUUUGGCGAUGAGCAGCAUGGCUUUGUGUUCUCCCACACCUUCUUCAUCAAAGACAGCCUGGCGCGGGGGUUCCAGCGCUGGUACAGCAUAGUCGUGGUGGCCAUGGACCGGAUCUACCUCAUCAACUCCUGGCCCUUCCUGCUGAGACACCUGCGGCUGACCAUCCAGAGUCUGCAAAGCACAGCGCUCAAGGUGUUUGACAGUGAGCAGUGCGUGUGUCCCCAGAGGGCAGUACGGAUGAAUAGUGCGUUCUCCCCUGCUGUCUUCCCCCACCAGAGAAGCGGUAACGCUGCCCGCUCCCUCACCUCCCUCACUCAGCACCCCAACCUGUGGGCCAGUCUGCACUCCUCCUUUAGUUGGCUCCUGAAAGCUUGUGGGAGCCGUCUCACAGAGAAGCUUCUGGAAGGAGCUCCUACUGAAGACACUCUGGUGCUCAUCGAGAGACAGACUGAGCAAGAGGAAGAGAUGAUUGGGUGGGAAGGGGCAGAAGGAGGGGCAUCUUUAUCUCAACAUAGCCAGUCAGAGACUGAGCUGGGGAGGGACUUCCUUUGUGAAGGUGGGAAAGGGGAUGAGCUUCCAGGGCCAAAGUUCAAAUCCCUGAGACACCUAAGACAGGUCCUUGGAGCCACAGAGUUCCGGCAGCUGGCAUGGCACGUGCUCAUGGGAAACCAGGUGAUUUGGAGAGGAGCUGACCCCUCGCUCAUACAGUCCGCCUUCACUGUGCUCAAGGCCUUGCUCCCAGUUGGCUGCGUGCGCUCUGUGCCCUAUAGUGUCCAGUAUGAGGAGGCCUAUCGGUGCAACUUCUUAGGUCUCAGCCCUGAUGUUCCCAUCCCCAUCCAUGUCAGCUCCUCCGAGUUCUCCGUGCUGGUGGAUGUGGUCAACGCAGAGCGAGGCUCUCUGUACACCGCCGUCUGCGACGAUGACAUCCUGUCCCUUUACCAGUUCAACAUCAGCAGCGCCAACGCUCAGCCCACUGACAGAGGACCCACGCUACUCAACAAGGUGGAAGUGGCACUUUCCAACGAGAACCUCUCGGUAGAGGUGGUGUCCCACUGUCUCCUGUGUCUGAAAGAGGAGUGGAUGAACAAAGUCAAGGUGCUGUUCAAGUUUUCCAAAGUAGAUGGGCGAGGCCGGGAGGACACCCAGAAGGUGCUGGGGCUCCUGGGGGCCACGGGGCCGGGGGAGGAGGACAACGUCCGGCUGCUGAAGUUCUGGAUGACAGGGCUGAGCAAGACCUACAAGAGCCACCUAAUGACGGCCGUCAGAGGAGGCGAGAGGACUCUGAGUCAGUGAGACAGGAGGGGAAGCGGAUGGACAUGGGGUGAAGGCAUUCACACAGGACAGAGAACAUCUGGAAUGGGAGGAUUUGGCUACUGGGAGUAUGGUCAAGCUGCAAAAGACACUGAAGAGCAGAAGAACCGGGCGAAGCACUGGGAUAAAGAGGGGAACGGACAAUGCCCACAGCAACAGAUUGGAAAACCUUUAUAUAUGCCCUGGUCUGUUAUUUUUUAUGAUAUUUACAGACCGCAUCUACUGACCAUGUAAUGGAUGCUUCUCUGACUUUCUAUGAAUUGCAUUACACUGAAUUUUCCUGUCAAGUUUUUGUUUUUUUUUUGUAACAAAGCAUAGCUUAUGUGUAACAUCGAAGGGAAAAUAACAGAAUCUUGUUGAGAAGGGUAACUUUGGGGUUUAUGCAUUAAAUUUUUAAAAAUGUGUAAAUCUAAUUAUAAAUAACUCACUGUAUAGAUACUUGUAUUAUUUAAUAAAAUAAUUGAUUGUGCUCUAAA